AUGGAAAUGGAAUUACAAAAAGUUAUCAUUGUUGCCAUUAUGGCUGUUUCUCUGUUUUCACAAGUCAUAUUGGCUGCACCUUUACUGUCUAGUAACGAAGAAGAAGAAAGAUUACCAAAUGCUAUCGAUCGAAUUGUUUCAAGUCUCCAAAACGAAGAACCUUUGACACGAAAUAGACGCUAUGUUGUCAUCCAAGUUAUGGGUAAAAUUGCACGAAAUGAACGUCAGUACAGAGCUCGUCAUCCAGGAGUUGCCAGAAUGCACCACCGCCAUCGACGUCCACAAACUAUUGUGGUCAAGAAACAGUAAAUAUACCGUUUAACACAGAUCUUAAAAACAUAUUUGACAUUCGUUUCAAUAACUUUGAAAUAGAUUGUAGACAAAUAUAACAUUUUGACAAAUCUGAUCUCAAAUUUCAGCACUGAAAAUAUAUACUGAAACAUUGUUUAUAUUUAAGCUUCUUACUGUAAGGUAUAUUAUUAUAUAAUGCAAUUACUAUGUAAUUAUACGAAAACCUAGUGCUCAAAAGGACGGUUUCUAAUUUCACUAUUCGAAUAUUCCACGCUUCCGUUUGAUAUCCGGUUAAUCAUUUAGGGAAUUAUUUAUGCUAAAUAUUUGACACUUUUGCUAAAACCUGGCGUUGAAAGGAGGUAUAUAGCCUAUGUAUGAAUUUGAUGGACACUUAUAGCCCUUGCUCGCAACGACCAGUUUUCCCGCUGAAAUGGUUUUUGAAAUUCCAUUCGGAAUGUUGCAUCUUAAGUUAUAAGUGUCCAAGAUAUUCAUUAAUAGGCCCAUCAAAUAUCAUUACAGCUUAUAUUUGAAUUUGAAAAUUUACUGCAAAUUAUAUCAAACAUGAAUUCCUGAAUUAAAUUUUUUUCAUUAACUUUAAAACGGAUACCCGGUUAGCCUUUUGAGCACUAUAGGAAAACCAGCGGGUAGACACGUCGGUUUGUGAGUGUCCGAUGUGACGUUGGAAACACAGAAAUCUCAGCCACAAUAUAAACGGGGUGAUUCGGUCAAUAGAAUGUCCGACAAUUUCGUUUCAUUUUGUUUCAUUCCACAUUUUUGGAGAGUCAACAUAACUAAAACCUCGCCAUUGUCUUACGCAUGAAAGGAAGUAUAUUUUUGGUAAAUACACAUUUAAUUGUCAAUUUGUGCCGGCUCUUCUCUCAAUGAUUUAUAAGGUUGAGAAAAGUACCGAAUUAUACUUUAGUCGUGAUUGUGGUGCGAAUAGACGGCGUACUGUUUCCGUAUACGUUUUCCGGAGGGUGAAACGAUGCCGGAUUAUCGAAACAGUUAAGAAUUGAAAAAGCAAAUACACGAGGUACAGAUUCGGACACGAUAAAGACAUGAUUUCUCAGGUUUGCUUUAGUUAUGGAUUCAUAGUUUGACAAGGGUGUUGGUUAUAGUUGAAUAUGUGCAUGCCUUGGUGUCGGAAUCAGCAUUUUUAGACUUAAAGGAUUAAGGUGGGAUGGUUCUUCAAACCGCUGCAAACCAGUAAAUUAUCCUUUUUAAUAUCAGACUUUUUCAGGAUUUAUAUCAUAAACUUUAGAAAAAAUAUUAUACAGUACUAGUAAAAGCAUUUUUAAGAUCGUAGAAUCAAGAACAUUUGAUAUCCUUUUCGCUUUGCCCUGUUGUCCGGUUUGCUGAUUUGUAAAACUAUCCCACUGAAUUUUAUGUCUUUCAUUAUCAAGAGAUAUUUUACAUUAUGUAAAUUUCAGUUUUGUAAAAAAAAAAUAGUUCGCUUUUCAUUUUUUUUUUUUCACUUUUCGGAUUAUUUCUUACUUUGUUCCAAACUAGGAUUUCAAAUUAUAACCUGUAAAUCAAAGCGCAGUGUCAUUUUAAUAUUCAUAUCUGAUAUUGGAUUUAUUUGAUUAGCUUUUAGCCUAAAUUGCAUAUUUGUAAUCCCUUUGUUUUCAUACUUUAAUCCCUUCAACUAUUUAUUACUUAUUUCUAGAUGCUUCGUUUUCUAUUUGGGUUACUGUACUCACUAUCCAUGGUCUGGUAAAUUUCUUAUAAUAUUAUGUUCAGUCGAAUUUUGACACUUUUUCAUAGUAGCUAUUCGAAAACACUAAAAAAGCAGACUAGCAAUGUAUUUUAUUUAACAUGGCAUAUAAUUGGCUAAUUUCAAUGACCUAGACCUUGAGGUAUAUAGCAAUUGCGUCAGAUCAUGAAUGGAAAAUGUACCGGAAACGAAACAUCUAGAUCUUUGUUGCUAUCAGAUCGUUGACCCCAUUGACUGCAUUUUAGUGACCGGUCGCAAAAUGAUACUCCAUGAUAGAUAAAAACAAGAAUAGGAAUAAUUAUAUCUUUUGAUAAUGAAUGGUGUUGUUUUACCUUGUAAUUGUUUUGUUUUUUUACCCUAGUUGUCAAAUGAAUUGUAUUGAGGUCGAAUUGGAGAUGGAAUUUGAUCCCAUCUGAUUAAAAUAACAACUCUAGAUAAUUCGUUUCGUUUUCGACUGUGGGCUACUUCAUUGAUUCUGAAAAAAUUAUCCACGAUAAACAAAAACCAGUAACAAAAUAUCUAAAGUUUUAUUUUCAUUCGAUCUACUUCCACUUUUAAUUCUACCUCGAAGUGAAAUUCAAUUUGACCACAGUUUUUUUCAAAGUUGUUUUUUUUUUUUUAAAAAUUGGGCCAUAUAUUUUAACAAUAAUUUGGACAAAGAAAGAUGAUUAUAUAGUUUAAAUUCUGAACCAUAUUCCGAAAGAAAUUACUCCUUACAAUUUUACUGUUACAUAGAACAGUAUACGAUAAAACACAAUAUCAUUCCUGUGUAUAUAUACUUUCAUUGUUAUGUUUUGUUAUUGUUAUUGUGAUACAUUGACCCUUUUUGAUAAUAAAAUGAG